AUGGAAAAGAAGCCUAAUAAGAGUUUUAGGCAAUAUACACAGAGAUGGAGAGAUGUUUCCAUGCAAGUUCAACCACUGCUCUUGGAGAAAGAAACUACCAUGCUAUUCAUUAACACCUUGAAGGCCCCAUUCAUUACUCAUAUGAUUGGAAGUACCAUCAAGAGCUUUGCUAAUAUAGUUAUGGCAGGAGAAAUGAUUGAGAAUGCCAUAAGAGUGAUUACGGUUAGUCAACCCAGAGCAACUACAGUUGGGCAACAGGAUUUUCAAAAGCAGGGAUCUGGUUUGAGACAAAAUUCUGAGAAGGUCUCAUUUACGCCUAUUCCGGUGACGUAUCGAGAGCUUUAUCAAAGUUUAUUUAAUGCGCAUGCAAUAGCUCCUUUUCAUUUGAAACCACUGCAACCUCCAUAUAUCAAAUGGAACGAUGCAAACGCCAAAUGUGAAUACCAUGCAGGGAUAUCGGGGCAUUCGAUCGAAAAUUGCACUGGCUUUGAAAAAGCAGUGGAAAGACUUAUCAAGAUAGGGGUUGUAAAAUUUGACGAUACCGCUAGUGAUGAGAACCCGUUUCUAAAUCAUGGCGAUCAAGGGGUAAACAUAAUUGGGGAUACUGGUAUGAAGAGGAUUAAAGAGGACGUCGCUGGGGGACACGAGAUCCACGAAUGUGAGGAGUUUAAGGCUUUGAUACAAAGCCUUAUGGAUAAUAAUGAGCUGGAAUUCUAUGAAGUUGGCUCAGAUGAGGGACAUAUAUGCACAUUAGAGGGUAGACCAAAGAAUCAAAGAGUCAACCGGCCAAGGAUCAUUAUUUCUCUACCAAGGAAUAAUAAAGUUGAAACACAAACAGUACCAAAAGUCAUUAUUCACAAACCUGUUUCCUUUCCUUAUAAGGAUAAUAAGAGGGUACCUUGGAAUUAUGACUGCAAUGUAACAAUGUCGGAGAAGGAGGAUAUAGCUAGUGCUUAUAAAGAGGUUCAAGAUGAGGGUUCUUACACACGUAGUGGGAAGCGUUAUGAUGUAAAAGGUGUCAGAGUUGAGCCCGCAAAAGCAAAAGCCUUUGACAAAGGAAAGGGGAUUGAAACACUGGUUAAUGAGCCAGUAAAAGAAGAAGAAGCCAGAGAAUUUCUAAAAUUCUUAAAACACAGUGAGUACAGCAUGGUUGAAUAA